AGAAUCUGUCGCCGCUGUGCUCUUUGCUCUGACCUGACCGGGUUCUGUGGUUCUGACGGACUCCUGUCGAUCCGGAGCCCGCCGUGAAGUUGGACAUUGAGGGGUGCUGGUGUGUCUGUUGCCAGUUUUAUCAUGCCGUCCUCCUUAUUCAGCUGCCGCUUUUCUGUGUUCCUGCAGAAAAGCCUGUGGACCGGAGCUCCUGCCUGCAGAUGUGUUAGCAGUGCAGCUCAAAGGACCCAGGAUGAGUUUGACUAUGAUGGACCAUCCAUGAAAACACAAGUCCCUGGGCCGCGAUCACAGGAACUAACAAAACAGCUGGGAAACAUUCAGAAUGUUGGUGCUGUCAACUUCUUCUGUAACUACAGGGAGAGUAAGGGCAACUACCUGGUAGAUGUGGAUGGCAACCGCAUGCUGGAUGUCUACACUCAGAUCUCUUCCGUCCCCAUUGGCUACAACCAUCCUGGUCUCGUGAAACUGAUGACUGACCCUAACAACCUGGCAGCACUUGUAAAUCGACCUGCUCUGGGGAUCCUGCCGCCGGACAACUUUCCAGACAUGCUGACUGAAAGUCUCCUGUCUGUGUCUCCCAGAGGAAUGAACCGCGUUCAGACGAUGGCCUGUGGCUCCUGUUCCAAUGAAAACGCCUACAAAUCCAUGUUUAUCUGGUACCGGGUAAGUGUGCGCGCACACACACACACACCAUCAAUGAGGAAAGAAGAUCUUUCCUGA